AUGGACCCACAAAACUCUCAAACGGUCAAAUCUUUUACUUAUGACAGAUACAAUAAUAAACAUAUUUAUUUAAUACUAAAAUUUUCAAUAAUUUCACGACUUUUAACGUGGAUAAUAGCAUUAAUAUCAACUCUUAUAGUAGAUGAUUAUGAUUCAUCAGUAGAUACGAUAUUAGAAGGUCAAGAGUUAUCAAUAGUACAAAAAAUAUUUAAUGUUAGUUUUAGAGCAUUUUUAAGAUGGGAUUCUUUUUACUUUAUACAUCUGAGUGAAGAGGGAUACAUUUAUGAACAGGAACACGCAUUCUUUCCAUUAUUACCACUUUUAGCUAGAGGUUUAAGUAAUUCAGUAACAUCAAUGUUUUACAUAUUGACACCAUCUGGCAUGUUUAUGUCGGCAAUGUACACUGAAAGUUUAUUUGCACUCUUAAAUUUCUUUGGUAUGAGGUUGUUUUAUGAGGGAAAAUCAUGGAGUGCUGCUUUUAUUUGGAGUUUAUCUUCAUUCACAAGAUCGAAUGGAAUCACUCAAGUUGGAUUCUUCGUGUACAAAUUCUUAAUUAAAGAUAUAAACAGGAUUAACGGAAAGGUUAUAUUUAUAAGGUUGCUAAAGACUAUAAUUUUGAGUAUUAUAGUUCUCCUUGGAUUUUUAAUGUUUCAAAGUUAUGGGUAUUAUCACUAUUGCAUUUUAUAUUUACCACGAAGACCAUGGUGUAAUGAUACAAUACCAUUGUUAUAUUCCUUUGUUCAAUCCUUUUAUUGGAAUGGUGGAUUUUUAAAAUAUUAUGAAGUUAAACAAAUUCCAAAUUUUUUGUUAGCGUCCCCAAUGAUAUUUUUAUCAUUCUAUGGAAUAUAUAGUUAUUCUAAAUUUGAUCUCAAAAGGAUAUUAACACUGGGAUUACAACGACGAUCCGAGACUACUUUAGAGUCUUCAUCGUCACCUUAUUACAGAACGCAUGAAUUAUUACCAUUCAUUUAUUUAUGGGCAGUCUUAUUAGUAUACUCAAUCACAGUUAUGCAUGUACAAGUAAUUACGAGGUUUUUCUCCUCACAACCUAUAGUUUAUUGGUUUGUCACCAAUUUAUUUCUUAAAUCACUAUCCAAAGACGCAAACAGAUGGGAUAAGUUAUUAGGAUAUGGAAUGUUGGUUUAUUUUAUUUUAUAUGGUGGAAGUGGAAUUGUACUUUUUGCAAAUUUUUUUCCACCGGCAUAA